AUGGCUGAUUUACAAGGGCUUAUCAAAGAUGAUAGGCUCAUGUCUAUCCAGUACGACAAAAAUCACAUGCAAAAGGUUCUUGACGAAAUUUUAGUACUUUUCCAAAAUCAAACACUCAGAUUAAAUGAAAUCGAAGAUACAAUGCCAAGAUUGGCAACGAAAGAACAAUUUGAUAUCCUUAAAGCAAACUUUUUACAACACGAAAAAGAUUCAAGAGAAACUAUUUCAAAUUUAACAAAUGCGUUGAGUAACUUUAAAUUGGAUAAUGACAAAGCGUUGAAUACUAUGAGAGAUGACAUCGAAAGCACACACCUUUCUAUCAUUACAGAAACGAAAAGAAUGAUAGACGAAUCAAUUGAAAAUUUUGCACCAAAUUUUCUACCGCAAACAAAUGAAACAGAAGAGACAUUGAAAGAUGUACAAGCAAGACUUGAUAAAUUACAAGAAGAGAUGGACAAAAUACCGAAGAUUCAACCGGAUGAUAAAAUUAUUGGAAACGAUGUCAACGCAUUAGCAUUGAAAGUCCAAGAUAUCUCAAACAAAAUUAAGACAUAUCCACAAAUGGAAACUGAUGUAAGUAACUUAGUUUUGCAAUUCCCAACAAUUACUAAGCGAAUUGAAAAGAAAGUUAACGAAGUUAUUAAUGCUUUCGAUAACUGGAAGUUCCAUACAAACUCUGGCAACAAUUCUUUCAAGAACUUACCGAAUAUUAAUACAUUUACCAAAAACGCAGGAACUUCACCACGAAUUCCUGAGCAGCCUAAAGUAGAACAACCGAUUACAGUUAUUGUUGAUGAUACAAUCCCAGGAAACCGAGAAAUUGCUCCAAUUUCAUUACCGGAUUCGAAACCAACAUCAGAAGAGAAAAUUGAACCAUUAGAAGACGACAAACAACAAGAAGAAGAACAAAUUCCCGAACCGCAACAUGAAGAAAACAACAUACAAUUGAUAGACGAUGUUCCACAAAUUUCUACACAAGAACUUCGAGAAAGUAUGAUUGAAAGACCAGAAAUAACAUUGUUAUCAGAAGAACUUCCUCCUCUUCCAACGCGUUCUCCCAUUGACACAACAAUUUCUAAUAAAAAUGAAGAUCCAUUCCAAAUCAAUGUUGAAAAGCCACAAAAAGUCGAAAUCAUUGAAACACACACAUAUAAAACAGAGCUUAAAUCAUCACAGCGUGUUGUCAGUGAUAUCGAAUGGCUUCGCUCAGCUGUUGAAAAUCAUCACGCAGCAAUCAGACAGCUUCAAACAUCAAUACGUGUUAAUCAAGAUAACCAAGAUAAUUUGUCAAAUAAUUUGAUGAGAAUUAAUGCAGCACACAAUUCGAAAGAAACACAAUUAGUUGCACAAUUACGAAAUGUUCAAGAUGACAUUGAAAACCUUAGUGUUAAAGUGAAUGAUUCAAUAUCACAGCUUCAACGAAAAAUGGUUUCUCUUUUGGCAACAACAAAUGAUAUAAGUCCUCAAAAAGUCGAAGUUUCAAAAUCACCAAAAGAAGAAACAACACCAAAAGUUACUAUUACUAAGAAUAUCCGUAAAAUGGAAGCAUUGACACCUCUUCCUACUAAAUCUAUAAGUGAUUCCGCUAAUAACACACAAAGAAGUGAACCAGAAAACGAAAGAAUCAAUGUAACACCAACAGAACCAAUCAGAAAAGUUUAUAAUUUCACUUUUACAUCAAGUCACUUCACAAUUGAUGAUAUUGGUCAUUUCGUUAUUAGUACAAUUGAUAAUCGUGCACCACGACAAUCAAUGUUUGCAUUGCCACAACGAAAUGUUCCUCAAAACAACUUUUCAAAAGAGAAAAGUAAAGAAAACAUUUCUAUUUCAGACAGUGGCCAAAAACAAAUUUCACAUAUUGAUUUGUAUACAAGUGAAGAUGAUCUUGAACGUAAAUUCACACCACUUCUAUUAGAUCCUGCAGGUGGAUACGAAGCAACAAUUCCUGAACAAAUUUUGCAACCAGAAAGAGCAGAAGAACUCGAAGAACCUCCUAAAGUUAUCACAGAAACACGUAAAACAAUUAUUAUCGAUAACUCGAAACGAUCAAGAUCUCCUUACAGAAGUCCUAAUGAUUAUAAUUCUCACCAGCCAGUUGUUAAUCCUAUUGAAAUUUCACAAGCACUUAUUGAAGAAAAAGUUGGAAAAGAAGCAAGGCGUGUUAUCAAUGAAUUGCAAGAUGUUAUCAAAGAAGACGUCAAGAAACAGCUUCAAGAGAUGAAGAAAGAAGUUAAUGAUGCAGUCAUUCUCGUUGACAACAAGAUUGACCGUACAUUUGUUGAGAAAAUGUUCAACAAAUUCCGUGUUGUUAUCAAAGAGUUAAAUGAGAAAAUCGAAAACUUACAGUGUUCAUUCCUUGAUUGGAUUACACGUGAUGAACUUGAAAUUGUUUUGCAAAAGUUCUUAGGAAUGAUCAACAACAACACAGAUACAGCAGGUGCAUCAUCUAAAUUCCAUUGUCUUCUUUGUGGUCGUCCACGUGCACAUUUAGCAGGAAUGCUUGAUGAAGCACCAAUUCCAUCUCCAAACACUAGAACAGUUACAAACUCACGAAACACAUCUUCAUCUGUUUCACAGUUGCCAUCGAAGCCACAAACAGCGCAGAAAGCAACUGUUUCUGUUUCUAUGCGACCUCCACUGAAGAUGUCUCGACUUCCAUCAACUAAACCUAAUAGCCCUGAUCGAAGACCUCGAGAUGUUAUUCAACUCUUGACAUCAGAAUGA